GCCGGUGGUGAAUAGAAUUCGUUGUGCUGUGCUGUGCGAAACACAUAUGCUGUCGGAAGUCACGCUCGUCGACGGUUUAAUUGUGGACUUUUUUCAAUUUUUCGUUCGGUGUGUUGUGGAAAUAGAAAAAGUCAAGAGUGCACAAAUGGAAAUAUAAUUAUGGAAUAAGUGAGGGGUGAUUUAACUCGAAUAGUUUCAAAAAAAUUUAUACAUUUCACCAUUUGAUAUCUAUUAAAAGUGUUUUGAUGCGAUCGCACAAAGCGACAGCAGUUAAAUUGAAAUCGAAAUGUGUGGCAAAGUGUGUGUGACUACUUAGAAGAAUUCGAUGGUUUUUAUAACAAAUGUGAAAUGAAAAUAAAAUAUUAAGUUUUCAUGUAUUUGCUUAUAUGUUUGCUUAUACACACAUAAAUCAAGUUCUGGUGCAUGCAUUCCAUAAUUAAAGGCCAUAAAUGAAUAAAGGCAGGCAAAGGGCCUGAGAAUUCCAAAUUAAAUAAAAAGUACACAACUGGCCAUUCAAGUGUUGGUUUGCGCUCGUAUCUAUGUGAAUUCGGUGCAGUUGUGUUAAUAAUCCAGUGUUUAGUGUUGUUGCCGUUCUUGUGAAUUUGGUGAGUCGCUCGCGCACACACAUAGCCAACACAAAGACGACGCGUCGCAUUUAUGCGCUGUUUGCUUACCUGAGCGCUGUCGCUGCCAAGUGUGUGUGUGCCUGUGAGUAAUAGUCAUUAAAGAGCGGGGAAAUGCCGUUCCAGCGCAAACAGGCAGGUGUGCCAGACGCGAUGUUGUUGUUGUGAGUAUCAACGGAAACCGGUUGUUAGUUGCACCGUCGGCAACUCUCAACUUUUCGGCGUGUGUGUUGGUGCAACGAGUUUUCGAUCAACGAUCUCUAAAAAUUGCGAAAACGAUCACUCGCGCUCUCAAAACGACAAACAGCGUUGCCAGCUUAAAUAAUAAUUAAAGCAGUCAAAAAGAGUAUGUGAAAAAAAUACAAAAAAUUAAGUAAACAAGUAUUGAGUGCCGUUAAAGAAUUAGAUGUGCAACCACUGAAUUAUUUCUUCACCAUGUGUUUGGUGGUGUGCAUUCAAAAUGUAAGAGAAUACAAAUAAACACUUCUCAAAGUUCACUACACCUUCACCUCUGCCAUACUGCUAAGUGCAGCAGCAACAACAACAAUAAUAAUAAUAAUAGUAAACGACAUUUGCAGAUCGAUUAAUUCACAAUAACCCACUUAUAAGAAAUAAACAGCCAUGGAGGAAUGCGAGCGACGUUUAGAAAAAUCCAAAUUUGUGCUUUGCCACAACAACAAAAACUGCACGGCAUAUAGCCGCUGUAAAGUGCCAUUAAAAUUGAAUUUAUGGAUUAUAAGCGGCGGUGUCUGGCUGUUGCUCAGCCUCUUUGGCAGCUGCUAUUGUUCAGAUGGCCCACAACUGCAAGCGCCACGCUUUACCACACAACCUUCGUCAUCAGGUUCGAUAGUGAGUGAAGGUCGCACGAAAAUUCUACAGUGUCAUGCCUUAGGAUACCCACAACCCACGUAUCGUUGGCUGAAGGAUGGCAUACCAAUCACCGAUUACUCUUCCAGUCAGUAUUAUCGUUUGCAGAAAACGCGACGCGAGGAUGCCGGCAGCUAUCAGUGCAUAGCGAAAAACGAUGCCGGCUCGAUAUUUAGUGAGAAAAUCGACAUCGAAGUGGCAUAUAUGGGCAUUUUCGAGAACACCACACUGGGACAUCUCACAGUGACGUCAGGGCAUCCAGCCAUUUUCGAUUUGCCACCUAUCGAGUCACAACCACCACCGCUGGUAAUGUGGCAAACAGUUGACGGCCCAUUGAACUAUGACAUCAAAUAUGCCGAAACCAAAUCCAAUCAAUUAAUUAUACUCAGCGCCGAUGAGAAUGAUCGCAAAGCGUAUCGUGCGCGUGCAAUAAACACACAGUUGGACAAGGAGGAGAACAGCGCAUUCAUACAACUGAAUGUAAGUGGAGAUCCCUACGUCGAAGUAGCGCCUGAAAUCGUUGUACACCCGCAAGAUAUGAAAGUGAAACGCGGCGAACAAGUGGCUGUCUUGGAAUGCAUCGCGAAUGCGCGUCCAUUACACGAACUCGAGACACUGUGGCUGAAGGAUGGCAUACCUAUCGAGAAUGCGGGAGUACCGCAUACUUUGAAUGAUCCCUGGAAUCGUUCGCUGUCACUGCUUUCAGCCAAUUUAACACAUUCCGGCGAGUACACUUGUCAGGUGCGAUUACGUAGCGGUGGCUAUGAUACCGUCACUGUCAGCGCCAAAGUGGAGGUGUUGGAGCCGCCUACGUUCUUCACACAAAUGCGCACUGAGACGUUUGGUGAAUUCGGUGCUUUGGUUACGCUGCCCUGUGACGUCGUUGGCGAUCCGAUGCCUGUGGUGAAAUGGUAUAAAAAUGCCGAAUCUGUCGACACGAAUGAUGGAAAAUACUCACUUCAGGAGGAUAAUUCCUUGAGCAUCAAGAAACUUACGCUGCAGGAUUCGGCUAUGUUUCAAUGUCUCGCCAGCAACGAGGCGGGCGAGAAAAGCGCCUACACUUGGCUGCGUGUUAAAUCUUCAAUGCAAAAUCUUGUUGAAGGAUUGUCUGCCAAAGCCGACAUAACUACAACCACUUUCACUACUAAUCUGUCGCAUAAUGCAUUGCGUUUGUCUGCAGCUAACAAUAGUCGCCUGAAUGCAAUCCCAUUGCAUUUUGUUGAAAAGUGCAAAUCGUCAUCGUCGUCACGUGGCUACGUGGAUAGUCUGCUGCAGCGCUUCAAGCGUUUGGCACAACCUCGUAUCCUACGUAUAAGAGCAUCAUCAGCGCACUCUGGCAUGGGUACUGGCUAUCGGCGCAAGGAUCUACGCUUUGCCUCGGCGCCGGUGAUGGAGAAGGCACCGCAAAAUGUAACCGCAUUGGAUGGCAAGGACGCAACUAUUUGGUGUCGAGCAGUUGGUGCACCAAAUCCCAACAUCACAUGGAUUUACAACGAAACACAACUUGUUGAGAUAUCCAGUCGCAUACAAAUUCUCGAAUCAGGUGAUUUAUUAAUGUCAAAUGUGCGCGAAACGGACGCUGGCCUCUACACGUGUGUGCGCUCGAAUGAGGCGGGCACCGUCAACGGCGAGGCCUAUCUCAGUGUUUUAGUUCGUACGCAAAUCAUUCAGCCUCCGGUUGACACUACCGUCCUGCUGGGCCUCAAUGCGACACUGCAAUGCAAAGUCUCUAGUGAUCCAACAGUGCCGUAUAAUGUCGACUGGUAUCGUGAAGGUCAUCCAACUGCCAUUAGUAACUCACAACGUAUCGGCGUCCAAUCGGACGGCACACUCGAGAUACAAGCGGUGCGAGCCUCCGAUGUGGGCACAUACCAAUGUGUGGUGACCUCGCCAGGCGGCAAUGAGACGCGUUCGGCGCGUUUAAGUGUCAUCGAAUUACCGUUCCCACCGAGCAAUGUGAAAGUGGCGCGUCUCGAUGCGCCCAACCAACGGUCUAUCAACGUUUCAUGGACGCCGGGCUUUGAUGGUAAUAGUCCGAUACUGAAGUUCAUCGUGCAACGGCGCGAAGUCUCCGAACUAGAAAAAUUCGUAGGUCCAGUUCCAGAACCAUUACUCAAUUGGGUGACGGAACUGAGCAAUGUUUCGGCAGUUCAACGUUGGACUCUAUUGAAGAACCUAAAAGCGGCCACUGUGUAUCAGUUUCGUGUGAGUGCUGUGAAUCGUGUAGGCGAGGGCUCCCCAUCGGAGCCGAGUAAUAUUGUGGAAUUGCCGCAGGAAGCACCUUCUGGCCCGCCUGUCGGCUUUGUCGGUUCGGCACGUUCGAUGUCAGAAAUAAUUACCCAAUGGCAGCCACCACUGGAGGAGCACCGCAAUGGACAGAUACUUGGUUAUAUCUUACGUUAUCGACUCUACGGCUACAACAAUGUACCUUGGACAUAUCAGAAUAUAACCAAUGAAGCACAACGCACCUUCCUAAUACAAGAACUUAUCACUUGGAAGGAUUACAUCGUACAAAUUGCCGCUUACAAUAAUAUGGGUGUUGGUGCCUAUACAGAAGGUUCCAAGAUCAAGACGAAGGAAGGUGUACCGGAAGCACCGCCUACAUUUGUCAAAGUCAGUGCCAUUAAUUCGACUUCAAUACGAGUUAGCUGGACACCACCGAAUCCACAGCAAAUUAAUGGCAUUAAUCAAGGCUACAAAUUACAAGCCUGGCGCGCGGAAAUUAUCGACGGCGAACCACGCGAUAUCGAGGAACGCAUGAUAACGGUGCCACCAAGUUUACUCGAUCCAUUAGCGGAACAGACUGCAAUAAUGACGGGUUUGGAUAAGUUCACCGAAUACAAUAUCACCGUGCUGUGUUUUACAGAUCCCGGUGAUGGUGUAAGCAGUUACAAAAUACCCGUGAAGACAAUGGAAGAUGUGCCAGAUGAGAUAAUGGCAUUGCACUUUGACGAUGUAUCGGAUCGUUCAGUGAAGGUACUCUGGUCACCACCAAGAAACACAAACGGCAUUCUUACUGGCUACAGUGUGCGUUAUCAAGUGAAGGAUCGCCCAGAUACGCUCAAAGCUGUCAAUCUGACAGCCGAAGAUACCGAACUUACAGUCACACAAUUGCAAGCCACAACACAUUAUUGGUUUGAAAUACGUGCAUGGACAAAGGUUGGUGCUGGACCAGCCAAAACUGCCACUAUACAAUCGGGUGUGGAGCCGGUGUUGCCACAUCCACCAACUAAUUUAGCUCUUUCGAAUAUUGAAGCGUUCUCAGUUGUACUACAAUUUACACCCGGCUUCGAUGGCAACUCAUCAAUCACCAAAUGGAAAGUGGAGGCACAAACUGCACGCAAUGUCACUUGGUUUACAGUUUGUGAAAUAUCUGAUCCUGAUGCGGAAACUCUCACUGUUACAGGGCUCAUGCCUUUUACGCAGUACCGUCUAAGGCUGAGUGCUACAAAUGUGGUCGGCACUUCGCAACCAUCGGAAUCUACCAAGGACUUCCAAACAAUACAAGCACGUCCGAUGCAUCCACCUUUCAAUGUAACAGUGCGUGCCAUGAGUGCCACACAAUUACGCGUGCGUUGGAUUCCUUUGCAACAAACCGAAUGGUUCGGAAAUCCACGCGGCUAUAAUAUCACUUAUAGGCAGCUGGAAAGCGAUACGCGAGUGCAAGCAAAAAGCGUAAUGAUCGAGGAUCACACUGCCAAUUCACAUGUGUUGGAAGGAUUGGAAGAGUGGACGGUUUACGAUGUUGUAAUGAGCGCUUGUAACGACGUCGGAUGUUCAAAGCACAGUACUGUAGCUACUGAGCGCACACGCGAGGCUGUGCCGUCUUAUGGACCACUUGAUGUACAGGCUAACGCCACUUCUUCCACGACUAUUGUCGUACGAUGGGGCGAAGUGCCGAAACAACAUCGCAAUGGACAAAUUGAUGGUUUCAAAGUAUUCUAUGCCGCCACCAAUCGCGGCGGUCAGGUGUUACAUAAAACAAUAUCCAACAAUGCCUCCUUCACCACUACGCUUACGGAACUGAAAAAAUUUGUGGUCUAUCAUAUACAAGUGCUCGCUUUUACGCGCCUCGGAGAUGGUGCAUUGAGUACGCCACCGGUACGUGUGCAAACGUUUGAAGACACUCCCGGAGCACCGUCAAACGUUAGUUUUCCUGACGUGUCCUUUUCAACGGCCCGGAUUAUAUGGGAUGUGCCUGACGAUCCAAACGGAGAGAUUCUUGCGUAUCAAGUUACCUAUUCUCUUAAUGGCAGCGCAAAUUUAAAUUACAGCCGCGAGUUUCCACCUUCGGAUCGUACAUAUCGAGCAACACAACUGCUCGCUGAACGUUAUUACAUAUUUAGCGUGACAGCACAAACUCGACUUGGUUGGGGCAAAACCGCUUCGGCAUUGGUUUACACAACGAAUAAUCGUGAACGUCCCCAACCACCUUCGAUGCCACAGAUUUCACGCAGUCAAGUGCAGGCUCACCAGAUAACUUUCAGUUGGACCCCUGGACGUGAUGGCUUCGCGCCGCUUCGUUACUAUACUGUACAGAUGCGUGAAAAUGAUGGUCCUUGGUCGCUGCUGCCAGAGCGCGUCGAUCCCGCACUCACCUCUUACACAGCUACAAACUUUAAACCAUAUACUACAUACCAAUUCCGCAUACAAGCCACCAAUGAUUUGGGACCGUCCGCUUUCAGUCGGGAAAGCAUUGUAGUGCGCACAUUGCCAGCUGCACCAUCCUCAGGCGUAGGCGGUCUGAAAGUAGUACCAAUCACAACCACUUCAGUGCGUGUACAAUGGAAUGCUUUGGAGACUGCAAUGUGGAAUGGCGAUGCGGCCACCGGUGGUUAUCGCAUUUUGUAUCAACAAUUGGCCGAUUUUCCAACUGCGCUACAGGCUACACCUAAAACGGAUGUGAUGGGCAUUAAUGUGAAUAAUGUGGUACUCUCAGAUUUGCAACAAGAUCGUAAUUACGAAAUCGUUGUUCUGCCGUUCAACUCACAAGGUCCCGGACCGGCAUCACCACCAGUAGCUGUAUACGUUGGUGAAGCUGUGCCGACCGGUGAACCGCGCGCAGUCGAUGCCGCACCGAUAUCCAGCACCGAAGUGCGUUUACGCUGGAAACCGCCAAAGCAAAGCAUGCAAAAUGGUGAUCUAUUAGGCUACAAAAUAUUCUACUUGGUUAUCGACUCUCCACAAAAACUAGAAGAGGGACGCAAAUGGGAAGAAGAGAUUGAAGUAGUUUCAGCAACUGCCACUUCGCAUAGUUUAGUGUUUUUAGAUAAAUUCACUGAAUAUCGCAUUCAAUUACUGGCCUUCAAUCCCGCUGGCGACGGCCCACGGUCGGCACCAAUUACUGUGAAAACCUUACAAGGACUACCAAGUGCACCACUCAACUUACGUUUUGAAGAGAUCACAAUGCAAAGUUUAAAGGUGUCUUGGGAUCCACCGCGAUUUCCUAAUGGCGAAAUAUUAGGCUAUCUGGUUACCUAUGAGACCACUGAGGAGAACGAAAAAUUCAGCAAACAAGUCAAACAAAAAGUUUCCGGCACAACAUUAAAGGUACAAAAUCUCGAAGAGGAGGUCACCUAUACAUUUACAGUACGUGCGCAGACAAUCGAAUAUGGUCCGGCUGUUAGCGAAAAUGUCACCACUGGCCCACAGGAGGGUUCACCGGUGGCGCCGCGUGAUUUGAUACUUACGAAGACAUUGAGUAGCGUGGAAAUGCAUUGGAUUAAUGGGCCAUCUGGGCGUGGUCCAAUUUUAGGUUAUUACAUAGAAGCGAAAAAAAGAGUAGAAAGAGGAGAACCAUCUUUUAUUUACGACUCCCGUUGGGAGACCAUCGAACAGACAAAUAGCGGCACCAUACAGGAUUUCACAGUCAGCUAUCAGAUUUUAUUACCAUCCACUGCGUACACAUUUCGCGUGAUUGCUUACAAUCGGUAUGGCAUUUCGUUCCCCGCCUAUUCUAAGGAUUCGAUUUUGACGCCAUCGAAGUUGCAUUUGGAAUAUGGUUAUUUGCAGCACAAACCAUUUUACCGCCAAACUUGGUUUAUGGUUUCAUUAGCAGCCACUUCCAUUGUCAUCAUUAUUAUGGUCAUUGCUGUGCUGUGCGUGAAAAGCAAAAGUUACAAAUAUAAACAAGAAGCACAGAAAACACUUGAGGAGUCCAUGGCAAUGUCUAUUGAUGAACGACAGGAAUUGGCGCUUGAAUUGUAUCGCUCACGGCAUGGUGUCGGCACUGGUACCCUUAAUAGUGUCGGUACCUUGAAUCGCGGUGCAUUAGGCACUCUGGGCAAGAAAUCAUCUAAUCGACCGCCGACAAGUUUGCAAUUAGGUAAAAGUCCGCCACGCCCAUCUCCAGCGUCUGUGGCAUACCAUAGCGAUGAAGAGAGUUUAAAGUGUUACGAUGAGAACCCGGAUGAUAGCAGUGUUACAGAGAAGCCGUCAGAGGUCAGUUCCUCUGAAGCAUCACAGCAUUCCGAGAGCGAGAACGAGAGCGUGCGUUCCGAUCCGCACUCGUUCGUCAAUCACUAUGCCAACGUGAAUGAUUCGCUACGACAGUCGUGGAAGAAACAGAAACCAGUGCGCAACUACUCCAGCUACACCGACUCAGAACCGGAGGGCAGUGCCGUUAUGAGUCUGAAUGGCGGUCAAAUUAUUGUGAAUAAUAUGGCCAGAUCGCGGGCGCCACUACCCGGGUUCUCCUCCUUUGUCUGACAAUCAACGGAGUUUUAACUUAAGCAUUAAAUAUUUAGUAAUAAAGUGAAAACUAGAAGAAGUAACUGACAACUAAAACAUUUACCAAUUCACAAAUAGAAACGAAAUGUAUGCGCUAUUGAACUGACUAGUAUGUUAAAAUUUAAAAGUGUUUUGAAUUUACAUGCAUAACUGUAUUUUUUUAACUUCAUAAUGUUUAAUUAACUAAUUUUUAAUUAUUAUUUUUUUAUUGUGUGUAUGUGUUAAGCUAAUUUAUUUAUAAUUAUAUUAAAUUAGCUUCUGAAAUCGUUGUGCUUGUGCGUACAAAUAUAUAAUUAGAACUAUAAAUACGUUAGUUCCGCCGAUAUAAAUAAUAGAAAGCAUACUUUAUUCGCUUACAAAAAAUACCGUUAAUCUUAAGCAUAGUAUUGUGACACCUUAAAUUUGCUGAACUAUGUAUUUGAACGGGGUGUAGGUGCGUGCAAAUCCAUAAAUUUAACUAUCUAUAGUUUAGGAAAAUAUCAACGGUAAAUUGUGAUAACGGGUAAUUUUGCAUUUUAAACUAAUAAUAAUGUUAAAACAUAAAUAAAUAAUGUGAAGGUUAAACAAGGUUUCUUAUGCUAUUUUAAAAUCAAAAUAAAAGAUUCGGUAAUUGAGUGGCACGAAUAUUUUGCAGUUGUAGUUAAUACAAACUAUAUUUUGUGAAUUUAAUAUGAGCACGUAAAAUCAAAUAAUGCGUCAAUUGCAAAUCCCUAAUACAAUUAAUUCAUAAUUAAUGAUUAAAAAAUAUUAUUAAUAUUAUUACUAUAAUAAACAUUUCAUAGGAAUAUCAAUGCGAAAAUGUAAACAAACGACAAAAAAUUUUCCAAAAAUUUAAAACACUCAUUUUUAGUUAAUUUUGUUGUUAUUUUUUUAUAAAACAAUUAAACAUGUAUAUACCUAUACGCACACUGUAAAUAUUCACGCCACUCAAUUCCAGCGUUCAAAGUAUUUUUUAGACUUAAUUAUAAAUUCAUUUAUUUUCAGCUCUUUUAUAUUUUUUUACAUUUCAUAUAUUUGUUUAUUAUAUUAUAAGCAGUAUGCUACUUAGUUAAAUUAUUUAUUAGCGCUUAACAUAAUUUUAGCGGACUGUAAUCUCAUUAGUUAUACAACUAAUUGAAACUAAGAACUGUAAAUAUUUUCGAAACUAUAGGUAUUUUAGGAGCAUUUUUUAUUUAAUUUAGCUAGGUAUUACAAUUUCACAUGAAACACGUAUCGCUUUCAUAUGUUUACCGCGUGUUUAUUCGCUUCAAGUGCUUUGAUGUCAUUAUUACGGUUUAAGUUUUAAAAUAUUUAAUGCUUAAUUUUGUAAAAUUUUAAUGCAAUCAAUAUUGGUACGUAUUUACAUAAAGCGUUAUUAUAUAGAAAUUCAUAAUUAAUAUUACGGAAUUCAUUCACAUUCAUAUCUUGUAAACAUCUAAUGGCACAAACACAUUUCCAAUUCUAGCACGACUUGUGUGUAACAAAAGUAUAAUAAUUUUGAAAUAGUUAAUUAAUGAUAAUAAUAGUUAUUAAAUGGGUACUACUGCAUUGCAUAGAAAUAAACAAACAAACAAAUAAAAUUAAUAAUCUUAAAUAGGCGUGCAUGCCGCACUUUUAUCAUGGUUUAAUUUAGUAAUUAUGCAUACGCUUACAUACCUAGGUAUUCAAAUAAUUAAACACACUUGCACCACAGUGCACUCAAUAACACACAAUAAUAUUAAAUUUUUUCUAAACAUUUGGAAAAUGUACUCGUACAAAAUUACACAAAAAUUAUAUGGUUUGUCUUUAAAACUGUAAUUAGAAAUAAACUUGAAGUCAAUUUCAAUACAAUUAUAAAAAAAAAUUAAGAGCAAUAUCUAAGUAUUCGCAUGGGUCACAUACGUAUAUCCUAAGAUUACAAUGAAUGUCACAUUUCAAUCGACUGACUAAUAUUAUUACACACUAAUUUUGUAAAGUACAUAUAAAAGUUGUGAAUUUUUAAAUUAAUUUCGCUCAAUCUAUUUUUGUAUAAUAAAAUGAUUUUCCACAAACAUACUUUUUAUACACUGCCCCUUUUGAUAUGCAAACGAGAUUAAGCAUAAAUAUAAACAAGCAAAUGCAAAGAAAAUAUAUUCGAGUUAAAUAACUUGCAUUUCAUAUAAUUACAUAUAAGCACUAUUUAUUUAUUUCUAACUCUCAGUAAAAAAGAAAUGCGCUGAACUUAAAUAUGUAUUAGGAUAGGUAGAUUAGGUCAAAUUCAAUAGUCAAUUAAGUUCGUUAAGUGAGAUUGAAAAAUUAAAAGAAAAACAAAAUAAAUAUAUGAAAUUAAAGCAACAAUCAUUCAAUAUUAAUAAAAGUAUUUUUAAAUAAAAAACGCACGAAAUUGCACUGAUUUAUCGACUCCAAUAUGGUAUGCAUAUAUGAUCCUUAUAAAAUAAGUUAACAGUAAAUGAUCUAUAAUUUAAGUGCCGCGAAAAUGCGAUAAAGUAUUAAAUUGUACUUGAAAUAAAAAAUCACAAUAAAUUCGAAAAAUACAUAA